UUGGCAAAUUUGGGUGAGGUAAUGCCACCAAAUGCCACUAUCAUUUGGAAAGAGGAAGAAAUAUUGAGGAAUAUAAUGCCAACCCCAUUAAUAGACAGGCUCUCCGUUGAAUUGGGAGCUCAAGAACCUUGGCCAAAGGAUGUGAAAUUAUAUCAGCCUUACGAAGUUGAACAAAUUCUUUUACCUGACAAUGCCAAUUGCCUUGCUGUUCAGGCAUUUUUAAAAAUGUGUAAUUUAGAUUAUCAAGUUGAACCCCGUCCAAAUGCCGAGGCAAUGUCUCCAACAGGUAGAGUACCUUUCAUAAAAGCAGGACGAUUUGUUACAGCCGAAUUGGAAGGAAUUGUUCAGUUUGUUAAUGGAAAGGGUAUCUCGCUAACAGAUAAACUUGACAAUGAACAAAAAUCUGAUAUGCGUGCUUACAUGACUCUAAUUAGAAAUGUAAUAGAGAUUGCAGAGCUUUAUAUAUGUUGGGUUGAUAAAGAAACAUAUAAUGAAGUAACAAGUGUAAGAAACGGUUCUGUUUAUCCCUGGCCUUUGAACCACAUACAAAACAGAGAAAAAAGAAGUCAAAUCAUCAAAAAGUUAAAAGUAUUAAAUUGGUAUAGUAAAACUAUUGAAGAGGUUUAUCAGGAAGUCGAAAAUUGUUGUGAGGCUUUAAGCGUUCGUCUUGAUAAUAAACAUUACUUUUUUGGCGAAGUACCUACAGAACUGGAUGCUUUAGUUUUUGGGCAUUUAUUCACAAUAAUUACCACACCUUUGCCAAGGAAUGAUCUUGUCGAAAUUGUGCGUAGAUAUCCAUCCUUAAUAAAUCUUGUUAAAAGAAUUGAAAUGGAGUAUUUCAAAAAGGAAGGGAAACUUUAAUAAACCAAAUAAAAUUUACUCAUGAUAGAAAUUUAUUGUUAUAAUUAAUUUAAUUAAAGCACUGUUAACAUA